AUGCUGACCGAAUUCGACGAAACAUGUGGAUGCAUCGGUCUUCAGCUGAAACUACAAAAGACGAUGUUCAUGCGGAACGGAUGGGUCUCGGAUGUCCCAUUCACCCCCAAUGGAACGAACAUAUCCGAAUGCACCAGCUACGUUUAUCUGGGUCGAGAACUCAAGAUGAUGAACGACCUGACCCCCGAGCUGGGCAGGAGGAGACGAGCGGCUUGGGGAGCAUACAAGAGCAUCGAGGAUGUAGUAAAGAAGACCAGGAACACCCGGCUCGGUGCUCACCUCUUCAACACCACCGUACUUCCUGCUUUGACCUAUGCUUCGGAAACCUGGGCAUUUCGCAAGCAGGAAGAGAACGCGGUGAGCAUCAUUGAACGCGCAAUUGAGAGAGUGAUACUAGGAGUAUCCCGUUUCACGCAAGUGAGGGACGGGAUUCGAAGUUCUCUCCAUCGAACCGAAAAAGAGUAA